ACUAUAAGCAUUCUAUUUACAAAAGUACAUUGUAAUAAUUCCUCCUAUGAAAUAUGUUUCCAUGUGUGUGAUACAAAGUACUAAGUUUUACUUUACAUUUGAGUAAAAUGUAUAAUUUGAAGUGUUUUCUUGAGCUUUUACUAGAUUCUUUAAUUUAUGUGUAACAGAACGCACCCAGAACAGUAAGGCACAUGGAAAUCAUGUUAGCUGGAGAGUUUAAAGAAUUCCUUUCCACCUUCUUUUUCCAGACUAUAUUGCAUAUACAGUCACAGUACAGGCACAGUUCUAAUAGGAAGAUUCAGUGACUUUGCAAUCAGUAGGCUCUCAAAGAUAAAAAAAAAAAUCUGAAACAUUUGGAGAAAAUGAAUAGCCAGGAAGAGAAGAGACUGCUCAUGUGAUUUGGAGAGGAGUGAUUAGGUGGAACCUCACUUGGGAAACUUGCAGUAAGCCUUUCUUGUUCAUUAAACUCUAAGCAACUACAACUUGGCCAAAGAAAUGCCCACACCCAUUAGAAGCCACGUUGUGCUGUGCUGGGAUUUGCUAUCCAUUGCAUUCGCAGGAACAGAAGAUUCCACGUUUGCCUUUUCUUAUCACCACAUGUUCUAGAAGAGAGGUUCGCCACCACUUUUGAUGUGUAGAUCUCUAAGUUUUGGUUUUUUUUUUCAUGGGAAUUGUAAUCUCACAUGGUGAAUUUACACUUACUAGAAAUCACUUGAUUUUCUGAGCUGGGCUUUGGCUGCACCGGUACAUCCACCAGACAGGAGUCGUUCUCUGGCCUCAGUGCUGGUGGUCUGGGCCCUUCUAACAAGCCAACAGCACGGAGCCAGCAUGCAGGAAUGCCUCUGACCUGGGGCAGACAGAGGGCGUCCAGGCAAACCUCUGGUACACUGCUAUGAGAACAGCGACUGGUUUCAGCACUUUCUUUCGGCAUAAAUUCUUAGAACAAAUGUGACAGGUGGGAAAACUGGGCAUUUUGUGUUUUACUGCUGCCCGAUCUUGCUUUGUAAUGCGCAUGAAGGGUAGAGAGAGUUUUUGUGGCACACAAGGAUGGAACUUUACUCCCUCAAGCGAGAGUCUCGCACCUGGGAUAUCUCCCUUAGGCCUCCCGGGGUUGGCCAGGUUGUGUUCAGCAGCCACCACGGCUGGGAACCUCACGCAGGCGGGUCACGACCUAAGGAUGUAGAAUAUUUUACAGAGCCACACCAGUCAAUCACACGGCGUUUCGCCUCCCGCCGCGCCCCGCGGGCCCCGCCCGCCCGGCCUGCGCAGCCGCCGCUCCUCCCCGGCCCCCUCGCCAUGGAGGUGGUGCUGGCGGACGCGCUGCUGGCCCGCUGCGGGGACCGCGCCGCGCUGCUGCGGGCGCUCAGCGCGCCGCUCUCCGCCGAGCGGGCGGAGGCGCUGCGCCUGCUGCUGCAGCGCCUGGCGGCGGGCGGGCCGGCGGCGGCGGGCGAGGCGGAGGCGCUGCGGCGGGCGGCCUGGGAGGUGGCGCUGGAGCGGUGCCGGCCGCUGCUGCGGGGCGGGGAGGGCGCGGCGGGCGGCGGGGAGCGGCUGCGGGCGGCGCGGGCGGCGCGGGGCGCGCUGCGGCACUGCGUGCAGCUCUGCGGGGCGCCGCUGGCGGCGCGCCUCGCCCGCGACGCGCUGGCCGAGCUGGCGGCGGGCGGCGGGCCGGGCGCGGAGGAGGCGGCCGUGGAGGCGCUGGUGGCGGCGGCGCCGCGGCUGGAGGAGCCGGAGCUGCUGGCGCGGUGCGCGUCGGCGGCGCUGGCGCUGGUGCGGGAGGAGGGCGAGGGCGAGGCGGCGGCGGCGCUGGUGGCCGGGCGGCUGCUGCCGGCGCUGGGCGCGAACGGCGCGGCGCUGCCGCGCGUCUGGGAGGGGCUGCUGGGCGCGGGCGGGGCGCCGCGGGCCGGGCGGGCGCUGCUGGCGCUGAGCGCCCUGGCGGACGCGCUGCUGCCGCGGGGCCCCGCGGGGCCCGGGCUGGACGCGCGGCUGUGCCCGCGGUUCUGGCGGCUGGUGCAGGAGGGCCUGACGGAGCGGGACGGGCUGUGCCGCAAGCGGGCCCGCUACCUGCUGAAGCGAGCGCUGGACCUGAGCGGCGGCCAGCGCGCCGAGCUGCGCUGCCCCCCGGACGGCGAACACGAAUCGAGCCUGUUUUGGUGGUCCGCUGAGAAGAACGAGCAACUCCUACAGUUUUGGGAAACUUAUAUUUUAAUAAUGGAAACUUUGGAAGGAAACCAGAUCCACGUCAUAAAGCCAGUAUUACCAAAACUGAACAGUUUAUACGAGCUUGCCUUAUCAGGGGAUAAAGAUUGUUGGCUGUUUCACCCAUCGUGGCAUGUGUGCAUUUAUAGAAGAAUGUUUGAAAGUGAGAAUAAAACAUUGAUAAAGGAAGGAAUUCUUCAUUUUUUUGAGCUUUAUGAAACAAAACAUCUUCCAAAUUCGCUCGGUUUCUCAGAGUUUGUUAUUGGACCACUAAUGGAUGCCCUCUCAGAAAGUUCCCUCUACAGCAGGACAGCAGGUCAAUCAAUAGGAGCCUGUCCUCCUUUGGGAAUGAGGUUACAGAAGUUUUUGGCUACUUAUCUCGCUCUUCUUCCAGAAGAAGAAAAAGGUAGCUUCCUCUUAAAAUUUAUUCAGAAGAUGACAAGUAGGCAUUGGUGUGCUGUUCCUAUUUUGUUUCUUUCUAUGGCUUUGGCAUCGAUCCCUGCAUGUAAAGUACUUGGUGCUGAAGGACUUCAUGCUUUAAGGGAUGUCCUCCAGUGUACUAUGAUUACACAUCAGAUUCUGUUGCGUGGUGCUGCUCAGUGCUAUCUUCUUCAAACAACUAUGCAUUUGACAGAUGUGGAGAAAGUGUCCUUCCCAGAAGUUUCAAGCUUUCUUCUGUCCCUUAGACCAGAGGAGUCCCUAAGGAGAGAUACUUUGUUAUGGACAGAGCUUUGCAGUUGGUUGCAAGUGAAUGACAGGUGCUUCAGGAAGUCUGUGACCUCUGAUUCUGAGCAUCAGGAGACAUCAUCUUUAUGUCAGUAUGUGCGCAGUCUUGUGGGAGAGUACCUUAAGACACCUGCAUCUGAAAGAGAGAAUUGCUUUAUGCCUGACUGGUUUGAAGCUAAGCUUGUCUCAACAAUGAUUCUGUUGGCUGCUGACGUGGAGCAGAUGAAGAAUAAGUACAGUGGAAAAAGCAACAUAGAGUGGAUUGAACUAGAGGCUUUCUUGAACCCUCUUCUGGAUGUCUUGAUGAAACUUGGCAGUAAUGCUUACAUACCAACACUGAAAACAGAUAAAAGCCUUCAGCUUCUCUUGAAGUUAUUGCAGACCCGUUGGUUAAAAUGUCCCAGUACACGAGAUGAUGAAGUACUGUUCUUUAUCUGGAAAUCUCUUGUGAUCCCUGUGGAGAGUAUUCUUGAAUUCGUUCUCCGACGACUUACUACCAAUGAGUUAUGCACUGUUGGUGACCUGGAGCGUUGUGAUCUGUACUUGGCUUUAAUUCCAGAGAUAGUGAACUUGUGCUUGAAAGUCAACUGGAAGAAAAUGACAUCUGUCAAGAAUUUCCUUUCAUCCCUGAUCAAUGCAUCCAUUCGUAAUCUUCAGGAGAGAAAUUCUGAAAAGGAGCCGAAGGUUAAGGAACAAAUUAGAAGAGUGGCUAGCAUGGCUUCACUGGCAGCUGUGUGUGAGAUCGUGGAUGGGAAGCUGGAAGCGCACCUGGAAUCCCUGCCUUCUGUGGAUGCUCUGAAGAAAUUCAUUUCCUUUUCUGGAUUCAAUGAAGUGUUAAAGAAGCCAUCUUAUACUGAAGAAAAAAAUAGCUUAUGUGAAGAAACGACAUCUCAAGGAUGGGGGAAAAUUGUUGCACGCUAUGUUCGUGACCAAUGGAUUUGCCUCCGUUUUGUUUUAAAUUCAUUUGCAACACUGGCUCAGGGCUAUGAAGAAACUUCAGUAAUGUCACUGUCUACAGUUGAAAGGUCAAAAGAAAUUCUACAAUCUGCAUUAGAAGCCCUAUCUAUUCUUCCUUCAGACCAAGUUUUGCCUGUGUUUGACUGCAUGAAAGUCCUUGUUCCCAAGCUUCUGGGCUCAUCAGAGGCUCUCUGCAUAGAAGCAUUUGAUUUGGCUUGGAAAAUUAUAUCCUCUUUGAGCAACACACAGCUAAUAUUUUGGACUAAUCUAAAAGCUUUUGUUCAAUUCAUCUUUGAUACUGAGGUUCUAGCUGUUGCUGCAAGUGCAAAAGGUCAAGCAUAUACCAAAAUAAAAGAGAUAAUUUUCAAGCUCAUAGAUCUGUCCACUACAAAGACUGGAGUCUUCAAUGUAGUCCUUAGUCAUUGUUGUCAGUCUUGGAUAUUUCCCACUGUUGAUGAGAGAAGUGCCUUGACAAAUGCUUUCUUAAAUGCUGGAAAUUAUAGUGAACUUAUCACUGAGGCUUGUGUCUUUGGAACUGUAUUUAGGAAAGAUCAAAGACACAUUCAAGAUGUGCAUGCCUUCAUAGAAAAUCUUGGAGAAAAAUGUGCAGCAAAUGUUGUUACAGAAAGUACAAAUCGAGAUGAUCACUAUGUUCGCAUUUGCGCUGUUAAAUUUCUGUGCUUGUUGGAUGGAUCAAAUAUCUUACAUAAAACAUUUAUGGAAGACAUUUUCAUCAAACUACUCGAUAAGGAUGAACUGGCUUCCAGAUCCAGAACACGCUAUUAUGCAAACUCUUUGCAGCAUAGAAUUAAAAACCGGGUGUGGCAAACACUCUUAGUUCUUCUCCCAAAGCUUAAUUGGAAUUUUUUGUGUGGAACUCUUGACAGAGUUUUUCAGGCUGGAUUCAGUAAUAAUCAAGCAUCUGUGAAAUACUUCAUAGAAUGGAUUGUUAUCUUGAGUCUACAUAAAUAUCCCCAAUUCCUUGAUAAAUUCUGGGAUUGCUUUUGCUAUGAUGAAGAAAAGCUUAAAAAAAGCAUCUGCACAUUUUUAUCAGUGUUGGCCCACUUUGAUAUCAUUCUUCAAAAUACCUCAGAGAAGAAGCCAGCCCUGAAGAAAGGCCUCAUAGUUGUUCUGCAGUGGUGUUUCAGCCAUAAUUUCAGCGUUCGACUUUAUGCAUUAAUCGCCCUUAAAAAAAUCUGGGGUAUGUGCAGAAUGCUGCAUGUGGAAGAAUUUGAAGCUCUGACACCAGUUAUUGAAUCUAGCCUCCAACAAGUGGAAAACAUGCAUGGCACAGGGAAUGCCAAAAGAAACUGGCAGCGAAUCCAAGAUCACUUCUUCUUUGCAACAUUUCAUCCAGUUGAGGAUUAUAGUCUAGAGACGAUAUUUUACACCCUUCCCCGCCUUUCGGACCUGGCUGAAGAUGAAUGGAUCUCCCUCUCUAAAUUUGACAGAUUCACUGACAUUCCUCUGCCAGCAGCAUUUCAGUGGUGCCAUUCCCGAGCAGAACUUCGUGAGCUGAAACCAAGUGACUGGUCUCAGCAAGACAUGGGUUCACAUUCAGCUGAAGCAGACAGCCAGACAGAGUGGACUGAUGUGCAGAAAAAGAUUAUACCCUGGAAGAACAGCACUCCUAGUUUAGACUUGGAAAUGGCAUUUCAGGAUCGUGCUGCUAAACUUGGCAAAUCAAACAGCAGAUUGAUUGUGGUGGCUUCACUUAUUGAUAAACCUACCAAUUUAGGAGGUUUAUGUCGUACAAGUGAAAUAUUUGGGGCAUCUGCACUAGUUGUUGGCAGUCUUCAUUAUAUACAGGAUAAGCAGUUUCAGCAUCUGAGUGUUUCUGCAGAGCAGUGGCUCCCCCUUGUCGAGGUGAAACCAUCUCAGCUUGUUGAUUAUUUACAGCAGAAAAAAACAGAAGGCUACACUAUUAUUGGUGUGGAGCAGACAGCGAAAAGUUUUGAUCUUACAGAAUAUUGUUUCCCAGAGAAAUCACUAUUAUUGCUGGGAAAUGAACAUGAAGGAAUCCCAGCCAACCUGAUUCACCAUCUGGAUGUCUGUGUGGAAAUUCCUCAGCAGGGCAUUAUCCGGUCACUCAAUGUCCAUGUGAGUGGAGCUCUGCUGAUCUGGGAGUACACAAGACAACAAGUGAUCAAGCAAAAACAGCAGCAGUAACUGCCCAGAGACUUGUGCCUUACUGUGCAGCUAGAUGGCUUCCUACGGUGCUAUGAUGUGAAAUUCGGAAUAGAGGAGAUACAAACUCAGGGUGAACGAGAAUUCUUAACUUUGCAUGUUCCGUUCUCUGUAGUGUUCAGAGUGACUUUUAAAUGCCUUAAUACUUUACCUCCUUAAAUUGUUGCAUUGGAAAUAAAUACUAUUUAUAUUGCA